AUGGCCUGGCAGUCACCUGCUGUCACGGCUGGCGGCGGUGUCGCUGGAGCUGGAGGAGAUGGCAGUCACAGUGGCGUCGCCCAGCCGCAGGGCACUGAAUAUACUCUCCAAGGUGUAAUGCGAUUUCUACAAACAGAAUGGCACCGACACGAGCGAGACCGCAAUGCCUGGGAAAUUGAACGCGCUGAAAUGAAAGCUCGAAUUGCCAAGAUGGAGGGCGAUAACCGCUCGAGCAAGAAGAUGCAGGAUUCUCUCCGCAAGCACCUGCAGCUGCUUGAGCAGGCAUUGAAAAAGGAACGCGAGCGGGCGGCCAAACUAGCAUCUGCUGGGCAGGAUUCGGCGGCCCAGAAGGGCGUCAAUGCAGCUGGUGCUGCUAGACUGGAUGCAGGACCACCGAAGCACCAUAAUUCCUUCCUAGAGGUCGAGGACGAUGGGCUGGCCCAUUCGCAGCUGCGCCAGGAUGCGCAGCGAGACAAGUCGAGAGGCUAUCUGGACAAAUGCGUCCAGGAGGUCACUUAUCUUCUCACUCCGUCUUCGCACCCGCCACCUCAGCAUCUGACCCAGGAGGACCUCUUGGGCAGCCAGCCCUUCACUUCCCAACAGCCCUCUCAGCCUACUCUUGAAGACGUCUAUCUAGCGCACACUAAAGCUCAGAAUCAACGGGCUGGUCUGGGCAUGGCACCGCCGUCCCAAGUUCCCAAUCACCGCCCGCCGCCCGUCCCUUCUGUCACAGACUCCUCAAAUUUCUCCCGUUCAGCUGGCCAAGGAGAUUCGUACUAUGUACGCAACCUUUCAGAUCAACAACCAUUGCCCCAAGGACCCUCGCUUGAUGCUGCCGGCGGCCAUUCCCAGGACCAAUCAUCCAUACCUUUCCCUCCUGAAGAGCACGUGAAAAAGAUAAACCACUCGUACGACAAUUACGGCAGACCGAUACCCGAGAGGCAGCAGCAGCAGCCGCAGCAUGAUGAAUCGACUCCCGUUGACACGUCUGCAAAUCCGGAUACAGAUGGUUGGAACUUUGACGAGCCGACUACGACCGUCACCGCGCCGUCGCCGCCUCCGAAUGAUGUUCAGUCAAAACACCGCCCGGACAAGGACGUGUUCCCUAGCGCAGAUCCCGUUCAAGCCAAAUCGCCGCCUCGGACCGGACCAGGCUCCCACAGGAGACGUUCCAGCUCGAAUACAUUUGCCCAGCGGAGACCUAGUGAUGGAUCCCACGAAUUGCGAGACUUGUCAUCCAUUCAAGGAGCACGGCCUGACUCUGGAUCGUUCAAGGUGCGCUUUGCCAUGCGCGGUCAUCUCGACGUUGUUCGAUCCGUUGUCUUUACUGGCGGCGGCAGUCCCUCUGAACCGGAAAUAUGUACAACCGGAGACGACGGCGUCAUCAAGCGAUGGAUCGUCCCAGCUAGCUACGGUAGUUUUGGCACCCAUAGUGGCACGGCUGGCAGUGAUCUUGACAUCCAGAGCUACUUCACCCACCGGGGUCAUGAAGGUGCUGUGACGUGUUUGGCGGCGUGCCCGGCGUCGUCAAACUUUGCAAGUGGCGGAAGAGCACCAGGCGAUGGGUGGAUCUUCUCGGGAGGGCAGGACGCUACGGUGAGGGUCUGGGAACGCGGUCGAGUUGAUCCCAAGGCGACACUGGACGGACAUACGGAUGCUGUCUGGGCAGUGUGCGUGUUGCCCGCGACGUGUGGAUCUGUAUUUGGAACGGACUGCGGCAACUUUGGAGGCCCGGAUCGAAUAUUACUAGCAUCUGGUUCCGCUGAUGGCAGCAUUAAGAUUUGGGCAGUCAGUGCGCCACCGCAGCUAAGCUCUCCAAUGACUAGUUCACGACGAGGCGUUGGUGGCAGCCGGCGUCACUCGGUCUCGUCCGGGUCCAACUUCCCGUCAUCGCCGCAGCCAAGUAUCGCAACCUCGACACCUUUCCAUUACACACUGGUGCAUAGCAUUGCCAGGGCUGACGCGGCAUCUCCCACGUGUAUAAGUCCCUUGUCGAUGCUGGGAGAGACAUUUGUCGUGUCCUACACGGAUGCGUCUGUUCUCGUCUUUGACACACGGACGGGAGAAGAAAUCAUUGGCAUGGCCAGCUUGGAGACGUACGACGGCACACCAAAGACGGGCGUGAAUGCGGUAGUCGCAACGACGAUUGGGCUAGACAGUGGGAUGAGCCCAGAUUCUGGCCGCGGCAUAUCGGAAGAGGAGAAUGUAGUACAUGGCGCAACGGGCUCGAGUGGAGGAGUCGAAGGGGUUGUCAUAAGCGGGCAUGAGGAUCGGUUUAUUCGAUUCUUUGACGCCAACAGCGGCCAAUGCACAUAUACCAUGCUCGCCCACCCCGCAGCCAUCUCCUCUGUGUCCUUGUCACCCGACGGACGAGAGCUCGUGUCGGCCGGUCACGACGCAAGCCUUCGAUUCUGGAACCUCGAAAAGCGGAGUUGCACGCAAGAAAUCACAAGUCAUCGCCAAAUGCGCGGAGAAGGUGUCUGCGCUGUCGUCUGGAGUCAAGAUGGCCGAUGGGUCGUCAGCGGCGGAGGUGAUGGCGUCGUCAAGGUUUUUGGAAGGUGA